AUGUCUGACCAGUGGGCAACCGAAGCCAAUGACGUGAUUGGCAGUUAUGAUGAACCUUUAGGUCAAUCGGAGGCACCGGAAGUGAAACUUUUCGGUAAAUGGUCCUUGGACGAAGUUCACAUUUCUGAUAUUUCUUUAGUGGAUUAUAUAGCCGUAAAAGGAAAGUCCGCAAAAUACUUGCCGCAUAGUGCUGGACGAUAUCAAGUCAAACGUUUUCGUAAAGCAACAUGCCCAUUGGUAGAAAGACUUGCAUCAACGAUGAUGAUGCACGGCCGGAACAACGGCAAAAAACUGAUGACUGUGCGCAUCGUAAAACAUGCAUUUGAAAUAAUCCAUCUGUUAUCCGGAGAGAAUCCCGUGCAAGUGCUCGUGCACGCUGUAAUAAAUAGUGGGCCAAGGGAAGAUUCAACACGUAUUGGUCGCGCGGGUACAGUCAGACGACAAGCUGUCGAUGUGUCACCUCUUCGCCGUGUAAAUCAGGCUAUCUGGCUUCUUUGUACUGGUGCGCGUGAGGCAGCAUUCCGCAAUAUCAAAUCAAUUGCGGAGUGUUUGGCAGACGAAUUGAUUAAUGCAGCGAAGGGAUCGUCGAAUUCUUAUGCAAUCAAAAAGAAAGAUGAAUUGGAACGUGUCGCGAAAUCGAAUCGAUGA